ACAAAGAUUCUUUCAAAUACAAAUGAAUCAGAAAUAGAUACUAUAGUUCAGUAUAUUGAAAAUGAUAUUUUAUUAGAUAAUAAUGAAAUCAAAAAAGUUAUUACUAAGUUAUCUUAUAAGAACAUGUAUAUACCUAAAAUAGCUCAGGCUAUAGCAAUAUAUGUACAAGUAGUUAAUGAUUCUAUUGCUACAGAAGAAAUACUUAAUGAUAAAAAAAUUAUUGCCAUAGUUCAAGGUGAGGAAAAUGAGGAAGAGCCAACUAAACAGGAAAUUAAAAAUAAAGAUGAAAUAUUUGAUCCACCUGUAACAGCUGCUAAAGUAUAUAAUAUCAUGCAAACUGUUAUUUGCUAUGAAGAACAAGAAAAUUCAGAAUUAACUAUUAUAUUAAAGAAAUUAAGAUUUUUAAGAAAUUUGCUUAAGAAAUAUAAAUAUAUAUAUGCAAAAUCAAAAAAGCAAUUAAAAAUUAUUAGUUUUUUAAUUGCCAAACUUCAAACCUUUACAAUUCAUUUACUUAUAAUCAAUUCUCAUGAUUCAUCCUCUCAUAAUCUCUAUAAUUCAUUCUCGUAUGAUUUAUACCUUUCAGAUUUAUAUUUACAAGACUAUUCUCAGAAUUCUUAUUUUCAAGACCUUCAAGACCCAUAUUCUCAAAACCCAUACCCUCAAGAUUUGUAUUUUCAGAACCUAUAUUCUCAAGAUAUAUAUUCUUAG